AUGGAGGUGCUGGCCAACAGAGCCAACAAGGUAACCAAGGAGGUGCUGCUCAGCAGAGCCAACAAGGUCACCAAGGAGGUGUUAGCCAACAGAGUCAUCAAGGUCACCAUGGAGAUGCUGGCCAACAGAGCCAACAAGGUCAUGAUGGUGGUUCUGGAAAGCAAAGCCAACAGAGUCACUAUGGAGAUGCUGGCCAGCAGAGCCAAUCAGGACACCAUGGAGGUGCUGGCCAACAGAGCCAACAAGGUCACCAUGGAGGAGAUGGCCAACAAGGACAACAAGGACAGCAUGAAAGUUAUGGUCACCAGAGCUUAA